UGCUGGUCUCUGUGCAGGGCGACAUAUUGGGAACAGAGGCGCGCUGGAGAACACCACGAUCCAAGUGAAACCAUUUUAAAGGCAAAAGACGUACAGUUUGUGGACUUACUUCAAUCAGGAGUGCAGACAAACAGGUUGUGCUUUUGGUACUUUGGUCUCGGAUGGAGUACAUAGACAGUGGUCUGAGAUAUACCCCCAGAAAGGAUACAGAAUGGGAAGCCACAGACCAGUUCUUGCCAGUAUCCGAUCACAAAAAAUUGGAAAAGAAGAAGGGUCCAGGAAAAGUUGGGGCUGUGAUCGGUGUGGUUGUCUUUGCAGCAGUCGUAGCUCUUAUGGCUGGUCUUUUGGUCUGGCACUUUCACUUUCGUAAAGACAUCAGAGUUAAGAGAAUGUACACAGGCUCCUUGAAAAUCACCAACCAGGUGUUUGAAGAUGCCUAUGAGAACUCCAGCACUCCUGAAUUCAAAGCCUUGGCCAAACAGGUCACCACACAGCUUAAACAGAUCUACUCCAAACUACCACAACUUGCCAAAUAUUACGUUGGUUCUACAGUUCAAGCAUUCAGUGAAGGCAGUGUGAUCGCCUACUAUUUGUCUGAAUUCAACGUGCCUGCGGGUCAAGAGGCCGCUGUUGACAGUGCAAUGACUUCAAUCAGCCAGCAGGUGGAAAAAGAGCGCAGUUCUUUCAACAGACCAGGCAACGCUCUGGUGCUCGAUGAGGUGGUGUCCUCAGCACUUGAUGCCCGCAUGCUUUCAACAUCAUUCCAACAAUUUCUGAAGUUUUCUGAACAUACAAGUAUCAACUACAUUGGGAAUAUAGAGUCUCCUGGUUUUCCUAACAGGCCCUACCCUCCAAACACAUUUAUCCAGUGGCAGCUGAGAGCCGAUCCUGGAUAUCUUGUCCAGCUGGACUUUGACACCAUGAACUUGGAGGAAAAUUGCAAAAAUGACUUUGUGAAAAUUUAUGACUCCCUUGUGGCUAUUGAGAGCAGAGUUUUGGAAGAAUUGUGUGGUUAUUAUUCUCCCAGUGAACCAAUGACUUUCCUCUCUUCUGGAAAUGUCAUGUUAGUGACUAUGGCAACAAAUGACAUAGGGAACUAUCCAGGAUUUAGAGCUCAAGUGUCUCAAGUCAAGCGUGGCAGUAAAGGAACAACAUGCGGAGGUCAGCUCUCAGGUGAAAGGGGUUUUUUUACUUCUCCAAAUUUCCCCAAUUAUUAUCCACCUGAUACACUGUGUCAAUGGACAGUUACGGUCCCUGAAGGCAAGGCCGUAAAGGUGACAUUCAAUAAGUUUCUUUUGGAAGAGCCAAGACAGGGAAGUAAGACCUGUCGCAAAGAUUACGUGGAUAUUGAUGGGGAAAAAGUGUGUGGAGAGAAGCCAAUGAAAAUGGUGACUCAAACCAGCAAAAGCAACAAAAUGACCAUCACCUUUUACUCUGAUAAAUCCUAUGUGGACCGAGGUUUUGAUGCACAGUUUGAGGCCAUUGACGUGAAGAAUCCUUGUCCAAAACAGUUCCAGUGCAGAAACCAGCUCUGCAUCAGGUCUGAACUCAGGUGUGACGGUUGGAAUGACUGUGGAGACAUGAGCGACGAGCUUCAGUGCACUUGCAGUGCAAAAGAAAUCAGCUGCAGAAAUGGUUUUUGUAAACCACCAUUCUGGAAAUGUGAUGGCAUUGAUGAUUGUGGAGAUGGUACAGAUGAACUUAAUUGUGGUGGAUGCCCCUCUGGACACUUUACAUGUAACAACAAGAAGUGCAUUUCAGAGAAGCAGCGCUGUGAUGGGAGAGACGACUGUGGUGACGGCACAGAUGAGCGUAAUUGUAAUAGAGGCUCAGGAGUAACCUGUACUGAAACUACCUAUAAAUGUAAAAACAACAUGUGCAUCUCUAAAGUUAACCCUGAAUGUGAUGGAGAGAAGGACUGUGAAGAUGGCUCUGAUGAGGAAAACUGUGAUUGUGGUCAGUCUUCUUUUAAGACGUCUCGCAUUGUGGGCGGUCAGGAUGCAGAACAAGGAGAGUUUCCGUGGCAAGUCAGUUUACACGUCAAGAACUACGGCCACGUGUGCGGAGCGUCAGUCAUUCAUCCCCGCUGGUUGGUCACUGCUGCCCACUGUGUGCAAGAUGACGGCAAGACAAGAUUUUCUCAGCCUGGCACUUGGGAAGCAUACUUAGGCCUCCAUACUCAAAGACAAACUGGCAGUAUGGUGGUAAAGAAGACACUGAAGCAGAUUAUUCCCCACCCUUAUUACAACCACUACACAUUUGAUAAUGAUAUUGCAUUGAUGGAGCUGGACAGUCCUGUCACAUUCUCAGAUUACAUUAAACCUAUCUGUUUGCCUUCUCCACAACACGUCUUUCCCACUGGUAGCAACGUGUGGAUCACCGGCUGGGGCGCCACUCGAGAGGGAGGAUUCGCUGCCUCUGUCCUGCAAAAAGCCCAGGUGAGAAUGAUCAACCAAGAUGUGUGUAAUGACCUGAUGAAAGGACAGCUCACAUCUCGAAUGCUGUGUGCUGGAGUACUUGUUGGAGGAGUUGAUGCCUGUCAGGGAGAUUCUGGUGGUCCUUUGUCCUUUCCAUCCGGCGGUCGAAUGUUCCUGGCAGGAGUGGUUAGCUGGGGGGAUGGCUGUGCUCGAAGAAAUAAACCUGGCAUUUACACAACAGUCACAAAGUUUAGAGCAUGGAUACAAGAAAAAACUGGUGUGUAGUGCACCAUACUGUGGUAAAAUAAGUUCAUGGACUUAAAUAGCACUCCAAUACGGGUUAACAACAAAACUGACUUAAUGGCUGGAUUUCCAUCUAAACUGAAUUGUAAAAACUGCGAUUUAGCAAGCUAUAGUUUGCGAAAUGUAAAUAUGUUUGUUUGUGUGUUUUAUUUUAAAUGUUUGUUGCUGUUACUGUUUUUAUUUUAUGAUGGAGCCAGAUUUUAUUUGCUGCACAAGAAUUUUUUUUUAUCUCACCACAUACAAUUUACCUGUAAUUAUGUUUUUUGCUCUGUUGUCAUCACAUUCAUGUUCUUAUAGAUAUGUAUAAAACCAAGUGCUGAGCUGAUUAAAUAGGCAGACCACAAGCUGUGAGGACAAUUUAAUGACUUUGUACAUAUCAUUUCGUUUUUGAUGAUGGGGAUACAAGGAAUGUUUUUAUUUGAUUUUAACAAAUGUAGUUAAUAUGAAUUUAAGCGCAAACCCAUUUUACAUGUGUUUUAGUUUUUUUAAUCUGUUGUUGCCAUGAACUCAACUCAUAUGUUAAUAUGUCAAGUGUUUGUUAUAUCUGUGUGAAUAUGUUUUAUAGUAAAUGUUUUUAAAUAAAAUAAUUGUCAAACAAA